CUUGGGGUUCUGAACUCUUUGAUCUUGAAAACCGCGUGGACGUGUUGUCAGGCUCCUGCCCAUUGAGCAGGAGGCUCCCACGCAGUCCCGGGCUUCCCGCCGACAAGACGACCUCCCGGCACUGGCCUGGUGGCCAGGCAGCCCCCGGCCCUGGAUGCUGGUCUCACCUGGGUCUCUCUGUCUGGACUCGGCGGAGGGGAGGAACAGUAGCAGCCCCCCCAGGGCCCUGCGGCUCCCGGACGGCACCAGCGCCGCCUGGUACAUCCUCACCAUCUUCGGCAUCUACGCGGUGGUCUUCCUCUUCCGCUUGGCCAGCAACAUCCUCAGGAAGAACGACAAGUCCCUGGAAGACAUUUAUUACCUCAACUUGACCUCCGAACUCAAAAAGAAAGGGCUCCCGAGCAGGGCAGCCAAGUGCUCCACGCUGACCAUCAGCAACACAGCCGCCCUGCAGUCCUCCGAGCAGGCUCACCCAGGUGCUGGCCAGGCCCCUGCAUCGUCUCUGCAGGGGCGGCUGCUGGCCGGGCACCGAGUUCCCUAUCAGUUCCUCUCAGGCCCGGGGGUUCCAGCCGCCACCUCCAGGGCCCGGCAGGUGCCCUUCUCCAUGCGCUCACAGCGGAGGGAAGACCUGGGGGACACGGGGAGGAGGCACCGUCUACCGGCCACGGAGAGGCGGCGGGAGAACCCUGACCUGCCAGCACCCGACCUGGGACUCCCCCCAGGACUGUGGGAAAGUGAACCUCUGUCUAAGCCAAGCAGCCGGCGACGCUGUGUCACGGCAGCCCUGGCAAACGAACACCUGCCCACCAUGCCCAGACCUCAGGCCGAAGCCACACAGACACAUCUUCCAUGGGUGACGUAUCAUGUCAGCCAGAGGGAACUGUUCUGA